CAUUGAUGUUUGUCUUUUUUAUGAAUGAACGGCAAAGGAGGAGAGGGCGUGGCAAAGCUUAGCGACUUCUGAUUGGCCGAGGCCGGUUGACGUCACCUCCGCUGUGACGCGAUGCACCCAUUCAUAAAAAAAAUAGAAGACGAAGAAGAAGAAGAAGCAAAACGAGAAACAUUCGAGGAAAGAAGCGGCGACAGAUCGGCAGGAGAAAGAAGKGAUGCGCGGAUAGAGAGGCGCGGAGGGGAAUCCACCUAAACUCCGGGUCAGGGCGAGUUAAAACGACCGAACACACAGCCGACACGCAGACGAAGAACCAGCAGAGCGGAGGCGCGAUGGAGGACCUGCGCGCGAUGGACUGCACGAUGCUGAAGCGGCUCCUGAAGGACGACGGAGCCCACAACAAGUGCCUGCUGCUGGACUGCCGCUCCUUCCUCGCCUUCAGCGCGGGCCACAUCCGCGGCGCCGUCAACGCCCGCUGCAACACCAUCGUCCGGCGGAGGGCCAAGGGCUCCGCGCUGAGCCUGGACCAGAUCCUGGCCGGGGACGAGGAGGUCCGGGUCCGCCUGCGCUCCGGGAUGUACUCCGCCGUGGUGCUGUACGACGAGCGGACACCGGACGCGGACUCGGUGAAGGAGGACAGCACGGUGAACGUGGUGCUGCACGCGCUGUUCAGGGACGCACAGGGAACGCGCAUUUACCUGCUCAAAGGGGGAUAUGACAAAUUUUUCAUGGAGUAUACCGAGUUCUGCUUAAAGACCAAAUCCAUACCGUCCCUCAGCAGCCAGUCCAGCGUGGACUCUUCGUGCUCGUCGUGCGGAACGCCGCACAACGACCAGGGUGGCCCGGUGGAGAUCCUCCCGUUCCUCUACCUCGGCAGCGCCCUCCACGCCUCCAAAAGAGAGGUCCUGGACGCCAUCGGGAUCUCUGCCUUGCUGAACGUGUCGGCCGACUGUCCCAACCACUUCGAGGGCUCCUACCAGUACAAGUGCAUCCCYGUGGAGGACAACCACAAGGAGGACAUCAGCUGCUGGUUCCUGGAGGCCAUCGAGUUCAUAGAUUCGGUGCGGGACUCGAGCGGACGGGUGCUGGUCCACUGCCAGGCGGGCAUCUCCCGCUCGGCCACCAUCUGCCUGGCCUACCUGAUGAAGAGGAAGCGGGUCCGCCUGGACGAGGCGUUCGAGUUCGUGCGCCGGCGCCGCAGCAUCAUCUCGCCCAACUUCAGCUUCAUGGGCCAGCUGCUGCAGUUCGAGUCGCAGGUCCUCGCCACCUCCUGCGCCGCCGAGGCGGCGGCGGCCGCCGCCAGCCCGCUGCUCGGGCCCAAGGCCACGACGGCCGCCGCCGCGGUGAGCGCCGCGCCGUCCUCGCCGUUCAUCUUCAACUUCCCGGUGUCGGUGGUGAACCCGGCCUACCUGCACCACAGCCCCAUCACGACCUCCCCCGGCUGCUGAUGCUCGGGGGUGGGGGCGGGGCCUCGCCCUGUGACAACGUGAGCGAGCGUGCCGCGCUUCGCCGUCGGCCGGAGGAGCCGUCAAGUCUCGCCGAC